CAGAUCUGUCAGUUGAUCUUGGUCAUUUGUCAAUGUCAUUUUCAUAAAUUGUCAAGAUGGCACGUCAGCAGCCAGAUGUUGAUGAACUUUUCGACGUUAAAAAUGCUUUUUAUGUUGGAAAUUACCAACAGGCCAUCAACGAGGCACAAAAUGUGAAUCCAUCGUCUCCUCUGGUAGCACUCCAGCGUGACACAUUCCUCUACCGCUCGUACAUUGCCCAAGGCAACUUCAGGAUUGUGUUGCAAGAACUGAAAACUGCAGAUCCUAUGCUGCAACCGUUGAAAAGCUUGGUGGACUACUUGUCUCCUGGUGCCAAUAAGCCCGCAAUUGUAGCUGACAUUGAUGCUAAGGUUGCAAAAGGCAUUGAGUUGACCAACGAAGUAUUUCUCAUAGUUGCUGCAACUAUUUACUAUCAUGAAGAAAAUUAUGAAGCUGCCUUGAAGAUCCUUCACGGAGCAGAAGCACUAGAGCUCCGUGCGUUCACUUUACAAUGCUUGCUGGCUAUGAACCGUCCAGAUCUGGCGCGCAAACAGCUGAAGGCUCUGCAAGAUGUGGAGGAUGAUGGCACCUUGACACAACUGGCACAAGCCUGGUUGAAUCUUGCACAGGGUGGUCCCGGAGUACAAGACGCUCACUACAGUAUAAUGGAGCUGGCGGAACGACUUGGCACGUUGGGAGCCGGCCCAGCGGCCGUGGGCGCCGCCGCCGCUGCAUCCAGGGGAAUGUGGGAGGAAGCGGAACAGAUGCUGACCGAGGCUCAGACGCGCGCGCCGCAGCAACCUGAGUUGCUGUUGGGAUUGGCUGUCACCGCGGCCCACAGUGGGAAGCCACCAGAGGUGUCGUCUCGCUAUCUAGCGCAGUUGCUGGACACACACCCGGACCACACGUUCGCUAAGGAGUACAACGCCAAGACCAACGAGUUCAAGCGCCUGUGUGCGCAGUACCAACCCUCUGUCGCUAGCUAACUCCACUCGAGCAUUUGUGCACUGUAGUUUGCGGAAGAAAUGCAUACAACUUUAAUAUUAUAAUCUUUAGAUUUCAAUAAAUAUAUUAUCUAUUA